GGGAUCCUAAGUCACACAAAAGGAGUGGCACCGGUGAGAGAUGGCGAGGCACGACCUCAGAGGACGGGAAUUUGCACCACAAAAGCCCCAGACGGGAGGCAAACAGGUUUCCAUUUAAUUAAGCAGCUGAGAGGCACGGGCUCGCUCCUGGUGCCGCUGCUUCCCCUGGUGCUGCUGCUGCUGCUGCUGCUCGCGGUGCUCUCGGGGGCUCAGCGAGCCUGCCCCAGGAACUGCCGGUGCGACGGCAAGAUCGUGUACUGCGAGUCCCACGCCUUCCGAGACAUCCCCCACAACAUCUCCGCCGGCUCCCAGGGCUUGUCCCUGCGCUACAACAGCAUCCAGAGGCUCAAACCCAACCAGUUCGCCGGCCUCAACCAGCUCAUAUGGCUCUACCUCGACCACAACUACAUCAGCUCCGUGGACGAGGACGCCUUCCAGGGGAUCCGCCGGCUGAAGGAGUUAAUCCUGAGCUCCAACAAGAUCACCCUCCUGCACAACAAGACCUUCCACCCCGUGCCCAACCUGCGCAACCUGGACCUGUCGUACAACAAGCUGCAGGUGCUGCAGGCCGAGCAGUUCAAGGGCCUGAGGAAGCUGCUGAUCCUGCACCUGAGGUCCAACUCGCUGAAAACGGUGCCCAUCCGGGUGUUCCAGGACUGCCGGAACCUCGACUUCCUGGACCUGGGCUACAACCGCCUGCGGAGCCUGUCCCGGAACGCCUUCGCCGGCCUGCUGAAGCUGACGGAGCUCCACCUGGAGCACAACCAGUUUUCUAAGAUCAACUUUGCCCACUUCCCGCGCCUCUUCAACCUGCGCUCCAUCUACCUGCAGUGGAAUAGGAUCCGCUCCAUCAGCCAGGGGUUGACGUGGACCUGGAGUUCCUUGCACAACUUGGAUUUAUCGGGGAACGACAUCGCGGGGGUAGAGCCUGGGACCUUCCAGUGCCUCCCCAACCUGCAGAAGCUCAACCUGGAUUCCAACAAGCUCACCAACAUCUCCCAGGAGACCAUCAACACGUGGAUCUCGCUCAUCUCCAUCACCCUGUCCGGGAACAUGUGGGAAUGUACUCGCAGCAUCUGCCCCCUUUUUAACUGGCUCAAGAACUUCAAGGGCAACAAGGAGAGCACCAUGAUCUGCGCGGGCCCCAAGCACAUCCAGGGCGAGAAGGUGAGCGACGCCGUGGAGACCUAUGACAUCUGCGCCGAGAUCCCGGUGGCGGCCACCGAGAGGCCCUACCAGGCGCCCAAGACCCCACCCAGGCCCGUCUUCGUCCCCAAACCCACCGUCUCCAAGCUGGAGAGCCACCAGCGGCCCAGCCCCGCCGCGCCCAGCCCUUCCCUCGCCGUCCCCACGCCGGGAGUGGAGCCGGAGUACGAGCACGUGUCGUUCCACAAGAUCAUCGCGGGCAGCGUGGCCCUGUUCCUGUCGGUGGCCAUGAUCCUGCUGGUGAUCUACGUGUCCUGGAAGCGCUACCCCGCCAGCAUGAAGCAGCUGCAGCAGCACACGCUCAUGAAGAGGCGCAGGAAAAAGGCCAGGGAGUCGGAGAGGCAAAUGAACUCCCCUUUGCAGGAGUAUUACGUGGACUACAAGCCAACAAACUCUGAGACCAUGGAUGUAUCGGUCAAUGGAUCGGGGCCCUGCACUUAUACCAUCUCUGGCUCCAGGGAAUGCGAGGUAUGAACCAUGAUCCUCCUAAAACCAUUUCAGCUGCUGGGAAGG